CCGUUUUACGGAGGAGGGAACCGCGGGGCGGAGAGGAUUUUGGUGACCAUCCGGAGAAAGGGCUCCACGAAAGGGAAAUUAACGAAGGAAUUAACAAAGUAGAUUCUGAAUGCAGCAAGCUAAGAGCCAUGGAUCUGAAAUUCAACAACUCCAGGAAAUACAUUUCCAUCAGUGUCCCUUCCAAGUCCCACUCUAUGUCACCACACAUCAAAGCCAUAGAUGAUGUCGUAGUGCUUGGGGUGAACCUCAGCAGAUUUAACACGGCCACUCAGUUUUUCAUAUGUGUUGCAGGAGUUUUUUUGUUUUACCUGAUCUAUGGCUAUUUACAGGAACUGAUAUUUUCAGUGGAGGGCUUUAAGCCCUUUGGCUGGUAUCUUACUUUAGUGCAGUUUGGGUUUUACUCCAUAUUUGGACUAAUAGAACUUCAGCUUAUUCAAGACAAGAGAAGAAGAAUACCAGGAAAAACCUACAUGAUUAUAGCUUUUCUCACUGUGGGUACUAUGGGAUUAUCAAAUACAUCUCUAGGAUAUCUGAAUUACCCCACCCAAGUCAUCUUCAAAUGCUGUAAAUUAAUUCCUGUAAUGAUAGGAGGAGUUUUCAUACAAGGAAAACGUUAUAAUGUAGCCGAUGUUUUGGCUGCAGUGUGCAUGAGUCUGGGCUUAAUCUGGUUCACCCUAGCUGACAGUACAGUUGCACCAAAGUUCAAUCUAACAGGUGUGGUCCUGAUCUCCCUUGCCCUCUGUGCAGACGCAGUUAUAGGAAAUGUUCAAGAAAAAGCUAUGAAAUUGCACAAUGGGUCCAAUUCAGAAAUGGUUUUAUAUUCCUAUUCAAUAGGUUUUGUGUACAUUUUAUUGGGAUUGACAUGCACUACUGGAUUAAGCCCUGCAGUCACAUUUUGUUCAGAGCAUCCAGUUCAGACCUAUGGUUAUGCGUUCUUUUUUUCCCUCACUGGGUAUUUUGGAAUCUCCUUUGUUCUGGCCUUGAUUAAAAUCUUUGGCGCGCUCCUGGCUGUGACAGUAACAACAGGGAGAAAAGCAAUGACGAUUGUCCUUUCUUUUGUAUUCUUUGCUAAACCAUUCACAUUUCAGUACGUGUGGUCUGGCUUAUUAGUUGUCCUGGGUAUAUUUCUCAAUGUUUACAGCAAAAAUAUGGAUAAAAUGAAGUUACCAUCACUCUCUGGUCUUUUAAACAAGGCAACAGAAGACAGAAAGACAAGGACGUUAUCACAGACUGUUUAGGCAUGUCUGGAACGGAGUGUUUUGGUAGUAUUUUCUUGGAACGGAUAACGAUUAUUUCAGUUUCCAAAGGGAACAAAAUAAAAACCAAAGGACCGGAAGGCCCACUAUCCAUUUGUAAAGGACUAAACAUGAACUGUUUUAUAUGAAGUGAGCCUUCUCUUCAGAACACUUGACCCAAACAUUUGACUUUUGGGGCAUUCAGCAGAGCAGUUGUGUAGCACUUAGCAAGAAUCCAGUAUCAAGAAAAUGAAGGAGUACUUUCUGGCAGUUUGUUGAGAAUUUUCAUGUGAAAUCCAACCUGGUUCAAGUUCAUUUGACUAUGGUAUUUUUAUUACAUCAGUGAUGCUACUCAUUUGGAGAUAAUGGAGGGUUGUUUUGUUGUCUUCGGUGUUUGGGUUGAGUAAUUUCAAAUGAUGUUAUAUUAACAAUGGUUCUGAUUUCCUAAAUUGAUCAUUUUAAAUCUGGGGAGAAUAGUACUAUGGGAAUAGUAGCAUUCUUCAUUUUAAAUAAAAAGUCUUUGAUUUUUUUAAAGUCUUAA